CACCAAUUGGCCAAUCAUGUCGUCCCCUACAGCAUCAGCAAAGCCUGAAGGCUCGAAGGAACAGCCCGGAUCGACUCCGGAUUCGAAGAUCGAUCACGCCGCCUCGUUGAAGUAUUGGAACGAUGUCCCUGCUACCUCCAACGGCAUGCUGGCCAUGCUCGGCGAUUAUCCGUGGUAUUCCCGAAUCGACCUACGAGGAUCGAGGGCCUUCUUGGCCAAAGUGCGUCGGCUUUUACCGUCCUGCAGCACAGAAGGCAAGCUCAAGCUGGGGGUGGACUGUGGUGCAGGAGUCGGACGGAUAACGGAAGGGUUCCUCAGCCAGGUCUGCGAGGUUGUGGAUGUGGUGGAACCGGUCGCGAAAUUCACCGAGGUCGUGCGCAAUGGCUCUCUGAAGAAAGAUGGUAUCGUCGGGGAUAUCUACACUGUGGGGCUUGAGAACUGGUAUCCGGAGAAGAAGUACGAUUUGAUCUGGACGCAAUGGUGCGUGGGACAUCUGACGGACGUGCAAUUGCUUGAAUACGUGAAACGGUGCCGGGCUGCAUUGACGGAGACUGGCAUUAUGGUGGUCAAGGAGAACCAAUCCACGGAUAUCAACGGGGAGGACAUGUUCGAUGAGGUGGAUAGCAGCGUCACCAGGACUGAUGAGAAGUUCAAGAAGAUAUUCAAGGAGGCCGGAAUGACCGUCUUCCUCUCGGAGAUUCAGACGGGAUUCCCGAAGAACUUUAGGCUUUUACCGGUCAAAUCUUACGCGUUACGACCCAAUAGCUGAGCCUUCAGUGCAAUGAUCUCUCGACUUCAAUCAUGCCACCGUCGAAGCUCGACUUUUCCACUUGUUCGCAAUUCGGACCGUGCGGAAGAUCCCUUCGAAUGCAAGUUCAGGCAACAUGGUUUAGUCUUGCAUGCGGUGGUAAAUGAGACUAUGACCGGGUUGUACGACCUCCGAGGUUGUUCCUAGUCGAUCCGGCCAGUAGGCACCUACCAUACCUGGACAGUCUAUAAUGGGGUUGACCAACAUACUGUUGACGGUACUCAAAGACCAAUCUUCCGUCGUGAUUGUGAUAUACAGAGUACCAUCUACUCAUGUUCAACCGGAGUCAUCCACGUUCCGCAUGGCCACCUGCCGAAGCUCGCAUCGUGCGAGAAAGGCGCCGGAAACUACUUACGAAUUAAGGCUAUUAAGACCCCUUGAUCCAUUUUUGAGUGACAGUCAAAUCAUACUCAC